UGGCUCAUUGGCUCAGAAAGCUCCACCCCGAAGAGGAGUGAGGAACAAAAGCUGCCUCUGGGAGGCCCUCAGGCACACAGACAAGCCCAGGGACCAGAGAGUGGCUGCUAGACCCAAGAAAGGCUCUCCCAGGCCUCGUGGCCCCCACCCCGGAGUGGGCACUCGCGGUGUAGACCGUCCACGUGAGGAAGCAAGGACACAGUCGGCAUGAACUGGGCGUCCCUGCAGGGCCUCCUGAGCGGGGUCAACAAGUACUCCACGGCGCUAGGCCGCAUCUGGCUGUCGGUGGUGUUCAUCUUCCGCGUGCUGGUGUACGUGGUGGCCGCAGAGGAGGUGUGGGACGACGAGCAGAAGGACUUCGUCUGCAACACCAAGCAGCCAGGCUGCCCCAACGUCUGCUACGACGAGUUCUUCCCCGUGUCCCACGUGCGCCUCUGGGCCCUGCAGCUCAUCCUGGUCACCUGCCCCUCGCUGCUCGUGGUCAUGCACGUCGCCUACCGCCAGGAGCGGGAGCGGAAGCACCGCCUGAAGCAUGGCCCCAACGCCCCGUCCCUGUACGACAACCCCAGCAAGAAGCGGGGCGGGCUCUGGUGGACGUACUUGCUGAGUCUCGUUUUCAAGGCUGCCGUCGACUCUGCCUUCCUCUACAUCUUCCACCGCCUCUACCAGGACUACGACAUGCCCCGGGUGGUGGCCUGCUCCGAGUCCCCUUGCCCCCACACUGUGGACUGCUACAUCUCCCGACCCACGGAGAAGAAGGUCUUCACCUACUUCAUGGUGGCCACAGCUGUGAUCUGCAUCCUGCUCAACCUCAGUGAGGUCGUCUACCUGGUGGGCAAGAGGUGCCUGGAGACCUUCAGCCCGAAGCGCCAGCGGUCUCCACGCCGGGAUCACCUGCCCGAUACGUGCCCCCCAUAUGUCCUCUCCCAGAGAGAGCACCCCCAAGAUGGGAACUCUGUCCUAAUGAAGGCCGGGUCGGCCACGUUGGAUGCAGGUGGGUUUCCAUAACCUGUGAGGUUGGCGGCUGGGACCACCGGGCCCAUGGUCUGUUCCCUAAGGCCACCGCAGGGCAGUGGCCUCUUUUCUGCAGCAGGGCAGGUGAGGAAGACGGUUGUGGGGCUCAGGAAGCACCCCCAUGGGCCAGUGCUGGAGAGCAGCUUGGUCUCUAGGUCCUGAGCCCCGGAGGAGGGAGGUUGACGGCUGGUGGGGAUUUUGUAUAUGGCAAUGGGGUAUGUCAAAACCUUAAUAAAUGUGAUUUUCCCAGUA